GAGGCGGCAGCGCCCGGCUCUCCCUGCCCGCUGCCCUGGGAGGAGGCGCCAGCGGGUCUGGGGCUGGCUGCACCAUGCCGACGAGCUUCACGGUGGUGCCGGUGGAGGCGCAGGGCGAGGAGCGGCAGCGGGAUGGGCAGCGGCGAGAGGAGGAAGAGGAGGAGGAAGAUGAAGGCGACGAGAGGGACCAGGGCACUGGGGAUGGGAUUGCCAGGGAAAAUAGUCCAUUUAUUAACAAUGCAGAAUUGGGCAGAGGAAACACGUAUGAAGGAAAGAAUAUGGCUCUCUUUGAGGAAGAAAUGGAUAGUAACCCCAUGGUGUCAUCUCUUCUGAAUAAACUAGCAAACUACACUAAUCUGACUCAAGGAGUGGUGGAACAUGAAGCAGAUGAAGACAGCAAGCGAAAGGAAGUCAAGGGUCCACAAAUGGGCACUUUUAUUGGCGUCUAUCUUCCCUGUUUGCAAAACAUCUUAGGAGUCAUCCUUUUCCUGCGUUUAACAUGGAUUGUAGGAACAGCUGGAGUUCUUGAGUCUUUCAUCAUUGUCUUCAUGUGUUGUGCUUGUACUAUGCUAACUGCAAUUUCAAUGAGUGCUAUAGCAACAAAUGGUGUAGUUCCAGCUGGAGGCUCUUACUACAUGAUUUCAAGAUCUUUAGGGCCAGAGUUUGGUGGAGCAGUAGGACUUUGUUUCUACUUGGGGACAACCUUUGCAGGAGCAAUGUACAUUCUUGGUACCAUUGAGAUUUUAUUGACCUAUAUUUCUCCAAGCGCUGCUAUAUUUAAAGUGACAGAUGUUGCUAAAGAAACAGAGGCUAUGCUGAACAACAUGAGAGUCUAUGGAACAUGUAUUAUCAUUCUGAUGGCCAUAGUAGUCUUUGUGGGAGUAAAGUAUGUCAACAAACUUGCACUGGUGUUCCUUGCCUGUGUGAUUCUUUCCAUCAUUGCCAUAUAUGCUGGAGUUAUUAAGACUGCUUUUGACCCACCUGACUUUCCUAUCUGUCUCCUCGGAAACCGUACAUUGUCAAAACGCAACUUUGAGGUCUGUGCCAAAUUUACUGAAAUCAAUAAUGAAACAAAGACUACACCUUUGUGGCGCCUGUUCUGUGAUAGUUCUUUGCUUAAUGCUACAUGUGAUGACUACUUUAGUCUGAAUAAUGUAACAGAAAUCCAAGGAAUUCCAGGAAUAAUGAGUGGAGUUCUAACAGAUAAUCUCUGGAGUGUCUAUUCAGAAAAAGGAUCAAUUGUUGAGAAAAAAGAUCAGCCAUCAGUUGCUGUAUCAGAAGAGUCAAAAAUGAGUGGACUUCCUUAUGUUUUUACAGACAUCAUGACCUACUUCACAAUGCUUGUAGGGAUUUAUUUCCCAUCUGUGACAGGUAUUAUGGCAGGUUCAAACAGAUCUGGAGAUCUAAGGGAUGCUCAGAAAUCUAUUCCUACUGGAACAAUUUUGGCUAUUUCAACUACAUCUUUUAUUUAUCUCUCCUGUAUAGUGUUGUUUGGUGCCUGUAUAGAAGGUGUCAUAUUAAGAGAUAAGUUUGGAGAAGCAGUUAAUGGAAAUCUGGUGGUUGGUACACUGGCCUGGCCUUCCCCAUGGGUCAUUGUGAUUGGUUCGUUCUUUUCAACAUGUGGUGCUGGUCUCCAGAGUCUCACUGGGGCACCCCGGCUGCUGCAGGCCAUUGCAAGGGACGGCAUUGUACCGUUUAUUCAAAUAUUUGGUCAUGGAAAAGCAAAUGGAGAACCAACUUGGGCACUGCUCCUCACUGCUGGUAUUUGUGAAAUAGGAAUUUUGAUAGCCUCUUUGGACAGUGUAGCACCGAUUCUUUCAAUGUUUUUCCUUAUGUGCUAUAUGUUUGUAAAUCUGGCUUGUGCAGUUCAGACGCUUUUGCGAACUCCCAACUGGAGACCACGUUUCAAGUAUUACCACUGGACUCUUUCAUUCCUGGGGAUGAGUUUAUGUCUUGCCUUGAUGUUCAUUUGCUCUUGGUACUAUGCUUUGAUUGCCAUGCUAAUCGCAGGAUGUAUAUACAAAUACAUAGAAUAUAGAGGAGCGGAAAAAGAAUGGGGUGAUGGAAUCCGGGGACUGUCUCUGAAUGCGGCUCGCUAUGCUUUGCUUCGUGUUGAAGAUGGUCCUCCUCACACCAAGAACUGGAGACCUCAACUUUUGGUCUUGUUAAACUUGGAUAAUAAGCAGUUAGUGAAACACCCUAGAUUGCUUUCUUUUACCUCUCAGUUGAAGGCUGGUAAAGGACUGACUAUUGUGGGUUCUGUGCUUCAGGGAAUCUACUUAGAUAAAUGUACAGAAGCUCAGAAAGCUGAAGAGAAUAUUAAGGCCUUAAUGGGUGUUGAAAAGACUAAAGGAUUUUGUCAGAUUGUGGUAUCUCCAAACUUCAGAGAUGGAAUAUCCUAUUUGAUUCAGUCAGCUGGUCUAGGAGGUAUGAAGCACAACACAGUCCUGAUGGCCUGGCCACAGUCAUGGAAGCAGACAGAAAAUCGUUUCUCAUGGAAAAAUUUUGUUGAUACUGUACGAGAAACAACUGCAGCUCAACAAGCACUUUUGGUGGCUAAAAACAUUGACUUAUUUCCAACAAAUCAAGAACGUUUUACUGAAGGAAAUAUAGAUGUGUGGUGGAUUGUUCAUGAUGGUGGUAUGCUGAUGUUGCUGCCUUUUCUCCUUCGACAGCACAAGGUUUGGAGAAAAUGUAGAAUGCGUAUCUUCACCGUCGCUCAAAUGGAUGAUAAUAGCAUUCAAAUGAAGAAGGAUCUUCAGAUGUUCUUAUACCACCUUAGACUGAAUGCUCAAGUGGAAGUUGUUGAAAUGUUUGAAAAUGAUAUUUCUGCAUUCACAUAUGAGAAGACACUUAUGAUGGAACAGCGAUCUCAGAUGCUGAAACAGAUGCAGCUAUCAAAGAACGAAAGAGAAAGGGAGAUUCAGAGCAUCACAGAUGAGUCUCGAGGCUCAAUUAGAAGAAAAAGCUACUCCAGUCAAUUGUCCAUUAUUCAAGAUGCUCAGACACUGCUGACUAAUGAUUAUCAAGAGGAAGAGGCCCAGCUGAUCCAUGAUAAAAACACUGCCUCACGCUCUGCUCCGGCAGUUGAAGCAAGUGUGGCUGCUGCUGUGCCAGAGAAAGUGCAAAUGACCUGGACUAAAGAAAAGCUUGUAGCAGAAAAGCAUAAAAACAAGGAUUCAAAUGUGUCUGGCUAUAAAGAUAUUUUCAACAUGAAGCCGAAUCAGUCAAAUGUGAGAAGAAUGCACACUGCUGUGAAGCUCAAUGGAGUAGUCCUUAAUAAAUCACAGAAUGCUCAGCUAGUUCUCCUGAAUAUGCCUGGACCUCCUAAAAACAGAAAGGGGGAUGAAAACUACAUGGAAUUUCUGGAAGUUCUGACAGAAGGUCUAGAUAGAGUUCUCCUAGUCCGAGGCAGCGGACGUGAAGUGAUCACCAUUUAUUCUUAAUAUGUUUUCAUGUGUUUUUCAAUCACAGCACAACCCCACCAUAAGAAAACAAAGUUUUUUGCCAUAAUUUUGAGCAACUUCAUUUUGUUCUAGUGCAUUGAAAAUUAGCUGCAAGCUGAAUCUUCUGAUGAUGUGGUUUUUUCCUAGUAAGAUGUUAUAUUUAAAUAAUAUUUUAAGCAGAUUUAUGUAGAAAAUGAAUAAAUGGUGGAUGGCUUAGGAUAUUUAUAUGUAGCAUAUUCUGACACUUCUUGAGCUGUGGUAAAACAAAAAAUUGUUAAUGCAGUUGUAUUUUUAAAGGUCUAGAAAUGUGAGCAACUUUUGAUUAUUUUCAUCUUUGUCCUGCAUCUAAAUAAAAGGGGUUUUGGGAAAGGUUGUCUUUUUUUCUUACCAAAAUGCUGCUAUGUUGCUUCUGUUGGAACAACAAUCGUGGUUCAGGAACCUUCCUUCAGAGAUGUACACAGCCAGUCAAAUUUGUCGAUGAUGUGAAUUAAGUGUUUCCCAGAAGUUCAUGAUUUGCUAUACCUGUUAAAAAGAACAAUUCUGUAUUUAAAAUAGGUAGCUGAAACCUCCAGGUGAUAUUUAACAAACUGUGUGGGUUCUUUUCCAUGAGGUACUGACAGUUACCAUUAUAUUCUACAAUUAUACCAAUCAUGAAACAUGAGAGCAUCCUACUCAAUGGCUAUGGUGCAGAAACUCCACCUGGUUCCAAAUAUAAUUCAACAUCUGAUAAACCACAGCAUGGUGGUUAAUGAAAUGCAGUCUCUUGUUUUCAGAAAUGUAUAUUUGGAAAUGUUGUAUGUAUGUGCUGCUGUUUGAAAUAAAAUCUGCUUUUCUGAACUGAA